CUCGCGAGAUUACCAAUGUUACAGAAGACUGGGGCUUGGUCUUGAAGUUUUCAGAUGCAUCUGUAGAUGAAUCAUAACAGCACCAAGAUGUCGGGACGAUCAGGCCGAGCUGAGACCCGAAGUCGGGCUAAAGACGACAUUAAAAAGGUUCUGGCCGCCAUCGAGAAAGUGCGCAAAUGGGAGAAGAAAUGGGUGACAGUUGGAGACACGUCUUUACGCAUUUUCAAGUGGGUUCCAGUAACGGAGACAAAGCAGAUAUUUCGCACCAAAUCCAGUAGUGGAGAGGUCCGGGGUCUCAAAGAUGUGGUGAUUGAAAACACCAACUCAAUGCUGGAUUUCACCGAUGAAAACAGCAACCAGAGUUUUCUGUCGGAUGUUUAUCAGCCAAAACUUGACAACAGCAGCAGCACAUCGAGCUCGCAGCACGUCAGCCCUCCACAUACCUACAGCCUGCGGGCCGAAGACUCUCAGCCGCCCAUGCUCGGACAGGAGACGGUCGACGAGCCAGUACAUUCAGGUCGGGAGGGUGCGGACGAGCCGCCGACGCUCAUCAAGGAGGACCCGCUGACAUCUGGAACUGCCAGGCGGAGAACUCCAGACACUCAGGAUGAAUUAGAUGAAUCGGGAGCACCGCCUUUAAAGAGGAUUUGCACAGGGGAAAAUAAUGGCUUGAGAUAGCUUUUUUUUUUUUUUUUUCCUAUUCGUUCUAUCCAAAUGCACAACUUCCUUGUUCUUGGUUGAUGUAAGAUUAGCAAAGCUUUCAGAAAAUUUCUGGUCCAGAUAUUACAUUUCAGCAAUUAGGGAAAAUGAUUUAGCUUUUUUUAUGUUUAGUAUUUAGUGUUUUGUUGUUUGGGUUGAUUUGUUUUUAAUUGAAUGAGGACAGUUUUUUAAAUUUUUUAUAUGUAUGCAGCUCUGGGUAUCUCACUUCAGAUGCUGUAAACAUUGAAUUUUAUAUGUUGUACUUUAGUUAGACUUUUGGUAUUCUUAUGAAUAUACUGGCUAGCCUUUUUUUUUCCAUGUGUAGCUUUCUGCAGAUUGAUGUUUAAAUGUAACCUUAAGUUUUUAAUUUGAUGUUUCUUGUGAUAAAUCUUAUGGUUUGUUUCAUUCAAGAAUAAAGUGAUUUUUAAAAAAUCAAUA